AUGGGCAACAAUCAACCCGGAGGCACAACCAAACGAGAGCGAGGCGAGAUGGGGCAAAGUCCAGGCGGGAGGACGCGCGCGAUGAGCGGAAACCCGCCACCCAACUUAAGCAGUUCGGCCGAAGAUGGAUGUCCUGUACAGGUGAAAAUUGCGAAAAGCCUUGACGAUUCGAAUGGCUCCCUUCCGAGUGUGGCCACACUGACUGUGAAAGAUAAAAACGAGUAUCCAGUGGUUUUUAAGUGGCAUGGUGGAUCACAAUCGGGACCACGACAAGUUUCUAUCUGUGGUUCUUGGGACAAUUGGAGACGAAAGAUCCCGCUAGUGAAAUCGCAGAACGACUUCACGACAAUCGUCGAGUUACAACCAGGUGACCACGAGUACAAAUUUAUGGUUGACGGGAAAUGGGUUGUGGAUGAUAAUCAACCAAAAACCGACAACCCAAUGGGUUCCGAGAAUAACGUAAUCCACAUUGAUGAGGCUGAUUUUGAGGUUUUUGAUGCGCUCGAUAAAGAUCUUGCCUCGUCGAACGCCGGUGAAGCGAUGAGAAACUUGAACAAGGCUCCUACCAGCCAUGAUACACCAAAUGAUCGUGAAUUGGAAAAAAUGCACGCUUUUUCAGAGGAAGUCCCGGAUCGCAAAGACUUCGACAAAGCAGCAAAUCCUCCUGUACUUCCACCUCAUCUUCUGCAGGUUAUUUUGAACAAAGAUGUGCCCGUGCAAUGUGAUCCUAAUGUCCUUCCCGAGCCAAAUCAUGUCAUGCUUAAUCACCUUUAUGCGCUCUCGAUCAAGGACGGUGUGAUGGUGCUUUCUGCAACUCAUAGGUACCGCAAAAAGUAUGUGACCACUCUCCUCUACAAGCCGAUCAGU